UUUCAUUGUUUUGACUGAAAAUGCCGUCGGUUUCGAAAACGGCGGCGAACGCUUCUCCUCAAACCGAGAAACCAACCCACUAUACAUAUUUGAAGGAGUUUAGGACCGAACAGUGCCCCCUCUUCUUGCAGCACAAGUGCACACAACAUAGACCCUUUACAUGUUUUCAUUGGCAUUUCCUCAACCAGAGGCGACGACGACCGAUUAGAAGAAGAGAUGGAACUUUUAACUACAGCCCUGAUGUUUAUUGCACAAAAUAUGACGAGACUACGGGCAUUUGCCCAGAUGGAGAGGACUGUCCUUACUUGCACCGGACCACUGGGGACACAGAGCGCAAGUACCAUCUUCGUUAUUACAAGACUGGUACCUGUAUCCAUGAAACUGAUGCCCGCGGGCACUGCGUGAAGAACGGCCUACACUGCGCCUUUGCCCAUGGCCCACAUGAUCUCCGCCCCCCUGUCUACGAUAUCAGUAGCUCUCUCACUGAUCUUCUUCAUGUGCACAGAGAGAUCCAGGCACAGGAAGCCCUCCAGAAUGGCCAGUUGGGAUCUGGAGAAGGUAUCCCUGAUCUACAGCCUGGCGUACUGGCCAGCCAAGCCAUGAUAGAGAAGACUCUUACAGAGGACCCCCGGUGGCAAGACACCAAUUUUGUUUUAGCGAACUACAAAACAGAGCAGUGCACCAAGCCUCCACGACUAUGCAGACAGGGCUAUGCCUGUCCUCACUACCACAAUAGUAGAGACAGAAGACGAAAUCCACGCAAGUUCAAAUACAGGUCAACUCCGUGUCCCAAUGUGAAACAUGGGGAUGAGUGGGGCGAGCCAUCGAAGUGUGACAGUGGAGACAGCUGUCAAUACUGUCACUCACGCACUGAACAGCAGUUCCACCCAGAGAUCUACAAAUCCACCAAAUGCAAUGACAUGAGGCAAACUGGUUAUUGUCCGAGAGGGCCGUUCUGUGCGUUUGCGCAUGUAGAAAGAAUUCCCUCCACGGAAGAGACCAUGAACUCGUUGCUAACAGCGAUGCAGUCGGGCUCCCAGGCCAAGCUGGGCUCUCAGCAGUAUUCAGAGUGUCCGGUCAGCGAGUGGGGCAGCAGUGCACACUCCGUCAGCAGCAUCAACAACGGCCAAGUGGGGAAUGUUUCAUAUUCUAAUAGUCCGACUGUAACGCCAAGCUCAGGAAGCAACAGUUCAUUGUCCCCAAUCGGACCCAUCGGCAGGUCCAAAUGCUUAACUAAUGGUAGCUUAUGUUCAGAGUCCACCACAUCAAGUGUGUCAUCUCUGACGUCUAACUAUCCCAAAGCGCCGGGCUUUGAACGCGAGGAUCAGAUAAAGAACUAUAAGGGACAUAUCGAUCAAAAGAUGAUGGACCUAGACAAGCAGACACACAAUAGUGUAUUCUCUGGGAUGAACCCUCUGGCAUCCAGCAUAACCUCCAGUAUAGAAUCUAGCCUGGCCUCUAGUAUUGGAUCAGAUAGUUCCUCACCCACCACCUUAUCAACAAUGAAUGCAAAAGCAACCCCAUUCUAUCCUGGGAGCAAUACUGUGGAGUCAGUUAUAGGUUCUGCACUUGACCUGAAUUUUUGUGACAUCAAUGUUGCCUCUCUUGAUAAAGAGUUUGAGGAGCAAGAAAACAAUAGUCUUGGUUUAAGUCAAAGGAUGUUGGGAGGAUCCGCUCCGGUCAACAUCCCUGGCUCCCUUGCACGGUCUUCUUCAUUGAAUUCCAACUCAUCGCUCUCUGCCUCCCCUCUGAGCUCUCUCUCCCAGUCCCUGUCCCAGUGCCUGUUGUCAGGAAUGGCUCCACAGCAGACUCAACCUCAGGGCCUGCUAACCAAACCUGAGCAUGGCCUUCUGGGAACACCUACCUCCUCUCAGAACACUCUGGGUUUGAAUGGGGGUGCUAGCAGCAUAUGGGACUUUGUGAGUGGCAACUUCUCUCCCAGCCCAUCACCAGUGUUCAGCAGCCUGUGCUCCACCACUGUGAGCAGCAGUGCUGAUCUGAACCGGCUCUUCAGGGAGCUGGAUGAGGCCAAGAGGAAGAUCAAGCAAUGGGAAGACGCGUGGCACCAGGUCAAGCAGGCAUGUGAGGCCUGGCAGAAAGACUCCCAUGAUGCAAAAGAACAAGCAAAGUCAGCCGAGGCGGAGCGGCAGCUGGCAGAGCAGACGCGAGAGGACACGGAGCACAAGCUGAAGGAGCUCCAGGGGGACUUUGAUGUGCUGUGUCGCUCCCCUGGCACACCCCUGCUUAGAAGCUAUGGAGACCUGGACCAGCUCCCUCUACCAAAGCUCCACUCCAUCCAGAGCCAGCUGCGCACUGAUCUAGACCUUAUAGACGGGGUAUUAUAUCAGCUUCAGUCAAAGAAAUGUAUAGUUUGCCAAACGCAUGAUCGUUGCAUAGUCCUGCAGCCUUGCCAACAUUAUGUACUUUGUAAGAACUGUGCACCUAGUAAAUCAGAAUGUCCAUACUGUAAGACAAAAAUAUUGAAGUGGUGAUGUACAAUUAUUCAAGGUACUACUUAAGGAAUUUGCCCUUUGAAGAACUACUAAUACAUGCUUACAUUUUAUAAAUAGCAUUUUGUUUCACUAUUUCAUAUAGUAAUUCAAUUAAUAGUUUAAUUUGAACUACAUAAAUGGUGUUUGAUAAAUCAAGUACUUAAAUGUAAUAUGUUAUUUUGUAUUGUAAAGGAUCACUUACAUUUUCCAAAA